AUGGAUUUUGAUAAUGAGAUAAGAUUGUCUUUAUUUAGUAGACAGGAAAUUACAUGGUGGAUAACAAAGAUUAAUGAUACAAAUGGGAAAAGAAUAAGACCUGUCAAUGUAUCUAAACGAUGUAGAACUGAUGCAUCAUUUCUAGGUUUCGGGGGAAUAGACUUGGAAACAGACAUUCAUACCAAUGGUAGAUGGAAUAAUGAAGAAGUUCUUAAUGCUAGCAUAAACUACCUUGAACUCCUUGCAAUUUUCUAUUGUUUACAGGCUCUUUAUGAAGAUUGUAGAGACAUACAUAUAGAGGUGCAGUCUGAUAACACUUCUGCCAUAUCUUAUAUCAAUAAGUUUGGUGGUAUGGAGUCUAUAGAAAUGGAUAAGUUGGCUAAACAAAUAUGGGAAUGGUGCUUGCUUAGGCAGAUUUAUAUUUCAGCUGUGCAUGUUCCUGGCAGGUUGAAUACAGCAGAUUUUUAUUCCAGGAAUUUCUCUGAUUCAACCGAGUGGAUGUUAAAGCAAGAUAUAUUUAAUAGGCUUUGUAGGCAUACUUUUUUACCUGAUGUAGAUGUGUUUGCAUCAAGGUUGAACAAACGUUUGCCAAAAUUUGUUUCAUGGUUCCCUGAACCUGGUGCUAUGGCUGUAAAUGCAUUUUCCUUGUCUUGGAACCAGUUUGUUCCAUAUUUAUUUCCUCCCUUUAAUUCAAUUGGGAAGGUAAUAAAUAAAGUAGUAUCAGAUAAGGUAGACAAAGCUCUCAUGGUUGUUCCAUACUGGUUUACACAGAGUUGGUUUCCUGUUCUCUUAGAAAAUAUGUCUGAUUUUCCUAUCAGAUUACCAAGACAUCAAGAUUUGCUGGCAUUACCCCACAACAAAAAGUUUCAUCCCUUGGGAAAAAAGCUGAAGAUGAUUGGCGUGGUUCUAUCCGGAAGAGCUUGCAGAGUAGAGGAAUUCCAAAAGAAGUUGCUAACUUUAUCACAGAGUCAUGGUCUGGAGGAACAACCAAGCAGUACGGCAGUGCUUGGAAAAAGUGGUGUAUGUGGAAUAGUAUUAGGUUUUCCAGUCCAUUUUAUUCGUCUGAAACGGUAG